AUGCCUCUAGACGGAGUCAAGAAUAUUGUCCUGGUCCUAUCCGGCAAAGGCGGCGUCGGGAAAUCCUCCGUCACGCUACAACUCGCCCUCGCCCUCACACUACAAGGGAAAUCCGUCGGAAUCCUAGACAUCGACCUCACAGGCCCAUCGAUCCCGCGUCUUGUCGGUCUUGAAGAUGCAAAAAUCACCCAGUCCCCAGGCGGAUGGGUGCCGGUUCCUGUCUAUGCGGCUUUAGACACCCAGACUCCGACUCAGUCUCAGACUCCGACGCAAGCAGAGGCCCGUCGAACAGAUACCCCCCCCGGCAGCAACACCCGCACCGAGAGAGGCUCGCUACGAUGCAUGUCCCUCGGGUUCCUCCUCCGGGACCGCGGCGACGCCGUGAUCUGGCGCGGCCCCAAGAAAACCGCCAUGAUCCGGCAAUUCCUCUCGGACGUGUACUGGGGCGAGACGGAUUACUUGCUGGUUGAUACGCCGCCGGGCACAAGUGACGAGCACAUAGCGCUUGCGGAGCAGUUGUUGACGAUGGCUACUACUACUACUACUACUACUACGACGACGACGACGACGGUGCACGGGGCAGGGACGGGGACGGGGUCGACGAUCCCACGACUCGCGGGUGCGGUGCUCGUCACGACGCCCCAGGCGAUUGCCACAUCGGAUGUGCGCAAGGAGGUGAAUUUCUGCGUGAAGACGAGUAUCCCCAUGUUGGGCGUCGUUGAGAAUAUGUCCGGGUAUACGUGUCCGUGCUGUGGGGAGGUGAGUAAUUUGUUUUCGAGUGGUGGGGGGGAGGUCAUGGCGCGGGAGAUGGGGGUUAGGUUUCUCGGACGCGUCCCGGUGGAUGUGAAGUUUGGGGAGUUGACCAGCCGGCGGAGCGCGAAUCUCCCCGAGAGGAGCAAUGUGACUUCCAUACUCGUUGGCUAG